AAGGCACGUGACCGCGCACGUUCGGCUCGAAAAAUUUAAACGGGGACGAGUACGUGCGCGUACCCGUAUUCUUUGUGUGGCAGCGUAGAGAAGCGCCAAAAGAGUGACCAUGGCUGAUGAAAAACCAAAGGAAGCAGUCAAGACAGAAAACAACGAACACAUAAACCUGAAGGUAGCAGGUCAGGAUGGAUCUGUAGUGCAGUUCAAGAUCAAAAGACACACGCCGCUCAUCAAACUCAUGAAGGCCUACUGCGAGAGACAGGGACUGUCAAUGAGGCAAAUCAGGUUCAGAUUUGAUGGACAACCAAUAAAUGAGACAGACACACCAGCACAGUUGGAAAUGGAAGAUGAAGAUACAAUUGAUGUGUUUCAACAACAGACGGGAGGCCUGAUUUAAUCGACCACAUGAGCCACCGUUUUCCUCGUCAACACAACAAACCUUCCUGGCCUGUGAUACACAGCGGCUGCUUCUUUGCAACUUGUCCUAUUAUCUCGACAGAAUUCCACUCAGAAGAAGCUGUCAUUUCUCUGCCACACAUAACUGCUGUAUAGUAUUUUCAUUCUCGCCCCUGUUACUUUUCUGUUUUUGUACAUAAACCACAUCGAGAUCACCCUGAGUUCAGGUUUUGUUUGUUUAUACCGUAUUGUGGUAAAAAUUAAGGACUUCCCUUCCCAAUUUGAAGGGCUGUUUCUAAAGUUGCAGACAGAUAGGACUGGUGAUAGAGUGAGAAUUAAUGAAACUGACUUUACUGGUUGGAUAUCAUUGGGCUAGGCUUGAUCAGUGUCCAGCAAAUCUCUUCUUAAAGUGUAUUCUUUUGGGGACUGGCUAUCACUUAGUGAAUGGUAUGUCCAGUUUGGGAAUGGGGCUGGAUUGUCAUUUGGUUUCUGUCCUCUUCAGAAAAAAAUAUUUGAUUUUAUACAUUUUUAUAUAGUAGCUGAUGUGUAGAGAAAUGUUUUGAUUAAUCAUUUGACUAGGCCAAGCUUCAAAUUUUGGGAAGCCUGAAGAGAUGUUUCAGUUAAACAUCUGUCUUGUCUAUUAAGAUGCCUGUUAAAAUAAAGCUAUUGUCUUUUUCCAAACUUUA